ACGGCCCGGCGUGUUCCGGUCGGAAGAGAUCAGCUGAUGUCAGUGUAAACAGUCAGUAAACAGUUGUGCGUUUAUGUGUGAGUGACUCACAGACAGAUGUAAUUCACUGUCACGCAGCUCUGCGUCGGUUACACACGGUGGACGAGGUUUGUAAAUGUAACUGUCAUGGUGUGAUGCGUCGUGUUUGCGCAGCGAGGCAGCAGGAAGCUGCUCUGAGGAUCUGAGGAUUAUCUGAGAGCAGCUACUGGUUUUACUUACCUCACCGGACUGAAGCAGCUGGAGCAAUAGGAUCAAUGGAGGAGCUGGAGCCAGAGGAACAGUUCCUGCGCUGUGCGCGUAAUGGAGAUCUGCCCGGGAUUCAGAAGCUUCUCAUGUCCAAGAUCAGGGAGGAGAUGCAGAUCAACAUCAACUGCAAAGGUAAGAGUAAGUCAAACCUGGGAUGGACGCCACUUCAUUUGGCUUGUUACUUUGGACACAAAGGUGUAGUGGAGGAACUGCUUAAGGCUGGGGCAGAUGUUAACUUGCCCAACAACAUCGGAGAUACACCACUGCACAAAGCCGCCUUCACAGGGAGAAAGGAGGUUGUCAUGCUGCUGCUGCACUAUGAUGCAUGCGCUACUGUCAUCAAUGGGACAGCACAGAUUCCCAAGGAUGUCACUCAAAAUGCAGAGAUCAGAAGCAUGCUGGAAGCGGCUGAAAGAACCGAGGAGAGGAAACUGGAGGAGAAACUUUUGGAUGCAGCACGAGAAGGAGACUUUUCAACUCUGGCUCAGCUGCUCAGCAUGAAGAAGCCUCCAGACAUCAACUGCACAGAUCUGCUGGGUAACACUCCGCUGCACUGUGCAGCGUAUCGGGGCCAAAGGCAGUGUGCCCUGAAGCUACUCAAGAAUGGAGCCAGCCCCAACAUCAGCAACAAGAAAGGACAGACCGUGUUUGACCUGGCCAGUGACACAACAAUGAAGCAGGUUCUUGACGGGAGCGUUCACCGAGGCAUGACUCGCCAUGUCAAGAAGUAUGAAGGACUUCUGUGGAAGAGCUCCAGAUUCUUUGGCUGGCGCUCAUACUGGGUCAUCCUCCAGGACGGGGUUUUAUCCUGGUACUCAAAACAGUCAGAUGCAGCUUCUAAUGUCAGAAGACAAGGCUGUAAGGCACUGACACACGCUCACUGUUUGAUCCGAGCCAAAGAUAUCUGCUUUUUUACCCUCAAGUGCUUUGAUGACAGCGUGCAUCACUUCAAGGUUUCGCCAAAAAAUGACCCAGAGGCAACGAGAAAAGCAUGGCUGGAUGCCCUGGAGGAGCAUACGGCUUACAGCACUCACUACUGCUCCCAAGAGCAAGGCAGCGAGGAGGAGGAUGACGACGGGCCAGUGAUGUCGCUGGGGGAGUUAUCAGAUUCACUACAGGCAGCGGAGGAGAGCCAGAAAAAGCUGGAGAAAGAGGUGGCAGCUUUCCUGUCCAUGGUGAAAAAUGACGCACUUGCACAGAGCUUUUCGUCUACUGUACUGCAGAAAAUGCAAGACAUCUGUGAGUUGUCCAGUCAGACCAGUGCCAGUCUUGGUGGCUGUCUCAGCCUCUUGUCCAAACAGGAGGGGGUGCGCACUGUGAAAUUGGAGCAGGAGGUUGAGAAGAAUAAGAUCCUCUCUGAAGCACUGCAGACUCUGGCCACAGAGCACCACGAACUUGAGCAAUCCAUCGUCAAAGGAUCGCCGCCGCACAGUGCCCUCAGCGAAGAUGAGUUCCACGACGCCGUGUCUGACUCGGAUUCAGAUCUCUCUGUGAGCGGCUUUGAGACGGUUGCCAGCCAUUCCUUUGAGGAGGACGAAGAGGAGGACCAAGGCUCUGUCAUGUUAAGCAGCCCUUGCGGCAGCCCCACCAGCAUGUUGCAGGACGAUCACCAUAGCAACAAAGAUGAGACUCAGCCCAAUGGGAUCACAAAACGCAGGAGCAGUCUGCCUGCACCGAUGUUUUCAAGAAACGAUUUCAGCAUUUGGAGUAUCCUGAGGAACUGUAUUGGAAUGGAACUCUCCAAGAUUACAAUGCCAGUAAUUUUCAACGAGCCGCUGAGUUUUCUGCAGCGUCUGACAGAGUACAUGGAGCACACGUACCUCAUCCACCAAGCCCAUGUCUCCUCAGACUCUAUUGAGAGAAUGAAGUGUGUGGCAUCAUUUGCAGUGUCUGCUGUGGCCUCCCAGUGGGAGCGAACAGGAAAACCUUUCAACCCUCUGCUGGGAGAAACUUAUGAGCUGGUCAGAGAGGAUCUGGGUUUCAGGCUCAUAUCAGAGCAGGUGAGCCACCACCCUCCAGUCAGUGCCUUCCACGCUGAGGGUCUCAAACAAGAUUUUGUGUUUCAUGGAUCCAUCUACCCCAAACUCAAGUUCUGGGGCAAGAGUGUGGAAGCUGAGCCAAAGGGCAUUAUGACACUGGAGUUGCCCGAGUACAAUGAAGCCUACACAUGGACGAAUCCUACAUGCUGUGUUCACAACAUCAUCGUUGGCCAGCUGUGGAUUGAGCAGUAUGGAAAUGUGGAGGUGAUUAACCACAGGACUGGAGAACGGUGCUUCCUGAAUUUCAAACCAUGUGGCCUUUUUGGCAAAGAAUUACACAAGGUCGAAGGUUAUAUAGUGGAUAAAAGCAAAAAGAAACUGUGUGCUCUCUAUGGAAAAUGGACAGAGUGUCUGUAUGUUAUUGACGCCGCUGCCUUCGAAGCACAUAAGAAAAAUGACAAGCGAGGGGCAGCGGAGAAAAAGAGCAGCAACGUGAGUUGCAGUGGGGAUCAGGAGGCUGCGGCUUCACCUGCUGCUGACACUGUGGAGGUGAUUCCUGGCAGCCAGCUGCUGUGGAGAAUCGCUCCAAGACCAGCCAACUCUGUCCAGAUGUACAGCUUCACGUCCUUUGCGAUGCAGCUGAACGAGCUGCACAAGGACAUGGAGGGAGUCAUUCCCCAGACGGACUGCAGACGGAGACCCGACAUAAGAGCCAUGGAGAACGGCGACAUCGAUCUCGCCAGUGAGGAGAAGAAGAGACUUGAGGAGAAACAGAGAGCUGCUCGUAAAAACCGCGCCAAAUGUGACGAAGAGUGGAAAACAAAGAAUCCUGCCCUGGGUCCAAGAUGGUUUCAACAGGGCCAAAACCCCCACAACAAGUCCCAGGACUGGCUCUUUUCUGGUGGAUACUGGGACAGGGAAUACAGUCAGCUUCCAGAUAUUUACUGAUGGACAUUUCUGCACACAUGAAUGUCUACUCACUAUACAGUGUCAUCUGUACUGUGCAGCAUUAAUAGAACAUCUACACUAACUCCAAUGCAAUAUGAAACCAUUCUACUUACACUGUGUGGCCUUAAUCUACUUUAAAAUGAUAAAACUCUAUCAAAUGUCAGUAAUCGAUAUGUAAAAUCUUGCCUUUGUAUUUAUACUGGGAACUCUUCAUAGUAACGGUCUUUUAGCACAGUGGAGAAGUGCUAAUUAAUAGACAUUUUAAUGUCCACUUGUCGUCUUUUAAACGUGUUCACAAUCUAAAUGUAUAUCUGUGUAUAUACUUCACACAAAUUGAGCCAACGGUGACCUCAACAUGUCGUUUACUGCAGAAAACUCGCAAAAAUACUAUCAGUUCAGUUCAUGUGAUGAGUAUUUUCAUGUAUUUUCCCUUAUGAAAAAACAUAAGAAACAUACAGUACUUUUUGUAACACUACUGUAUGACACAGUUUUGAUUGUUUUUGCGUCUGUUACACAUUAUUCUAUAAUAUACACACUUUGUUUGUUUGUUUGUGUGUUUGUUGCUGAAAAAGUAAAAUGUAUGUAUUGUCCAGUCUCUCAGACAGACUGAACUAUCUCGGUUGGAGGUUUUAAAGUCACAUGAUGUAAAAAAUUUUGAAUUUUAUGGUGUUUGCCCUCCAUAUAGAGCGUUAUUCUAUUUCAUUGCAAUUUCUUAAGAUUGCCGGACAGAUUUCAGUAGAAUCUGAAAAUAAAGUAAAGUGUGAUCUGAUCAAAUGGAAA